AUGACAGACCUACUGAACGAUAUCAUGGCUUUUUUCGUGGAAAACGAAGUUAAUAGUUUCCAAGAUGAGUCGCAGGCUAUUAAAAAUGCAUCGCCUGAAGAUCAAGUCAUGUUUGAAUCAUUCGUCAGGCCAUCAUUUACUCCUUCGCCCACGGAAACCUUGGAUGCGAAACUCACUGCUCAUAUUAAGCGGGCUGAAGCAGCUUCACUUUGGAGAGCAUUAUCGACAAAAGAGACUAUCGCCUAUUUGAAGGGGGUCGUGAAACUUCAGCGAGAGGCCUGCAAGAAGUACCAGCCCUUGGAAACGGCCAUGUCAGACCUCAGCGGUAGUUUGAUUCAGCCUCAUAUCGCUGUUGAGAUGCAAACUUCUGCUCGCAUGACACUGUACGGUCCUCAACACGAAUCUGAACACUUCUUCGCUUUGUGGACACUUAUGAGACCGGUACUCUAUGCCGAACCACUGCCGGAUGGUAACACAAAAUUCCUUCUCCCCGAGCGUCGGAUAAUUAAAGACGCAUGGGCGCUAUUAGACGAUCUCACGGUUGAUGCGAUAUACUCGCUCGAGCAGAACCUCGCCAUACUGUGGAUCCAUGUGUUGACAAUGGAGAUGGUGGUACGGCUACGAGGUAUUUUUCAGCAGCGGCUCAUUUUAAAGGCUAUUGGAGACAAGAUGAGAAACGUGCAAAGCGUAUAUCUUAUCUAG